UUUUGUAGGCAGAUAGAGUGCACACGGUUGCUGGUAAACAUCUCGCUGGGUUUGAAACAAAGUUUCUAGUUAUUGUAUAUUAUAUCCUCGCACGUCCAAACAUGGCUUGGACAAAGUAUCAACUCUUUCUUGCGGGUCUUAUGCUCACAACCGGCUCUAUCAACACGCUAUCAGCAAAAUGGGCUGACAUGUUCUCCGCAAAGGGCUGUAAAGACUCCCCUGAACACACAUUCGCCCACCCAUUUGUACAGGCUGUAGGGAUGUUCCUGGGGGAGCUCAGUUGUCUGGCUGUCUUCCACAUGCUGCUUUGUCACGAUAGACGGAGACCAGAGCCCAAGAUGAACACGGGCCAGAGCUUCAACCCCCUCCUUUUCCUUUCCCCUGCCCUCUGUGACAUGACCGCGACCUCCAUCAUGUAUGUUGCUCUGAACAUGACGAGCGCCUCCAGCUUCCAGAUGUUGCGCGGGGCAGUGAUCAUCUUCACAGGCCUGCUCUCGGUGGCCUUCCUAGGGCGCCGCCUGGUAGCCAGUCAGUGGACAGGCAUCCUCAUCACCAUCCUGGGGUUGAUAGUGGUGGGCCUGGCUGACUUCAUGAGCGGACACAAGGACGACUCUCACAAACUUAGUGAGGUCAUCACUGGUGACCUUCUGAUCAUCAUGGCCCAGGUCAUUGCUGCUGUCCAGAUGGUUCUGGAGGAGAAGUUUGUCUACAAGCAUGAUGUUCAUCCUUUACGGGCAGUGGGCACUGAAGGGUUCUUUGGCUUCUUCAUCCUCUCGCUCCUCCUCAUCCCCUUUUUCUACAUCCCGGUGGGCAGCUUCAGCAACAACCCCCGCCAUGUCCUUGAGGACGCGCUGGAUGCCUUCUGCCAGAUCAGCCACAACCCCAUGAUCAUCCUGGCGUUGCUCGGUAAUACAGUGUCCAUCGCCUUCUUCAACUUUGCCGGCAUCUCUGUCACCAAGGAGAUCAGUGCCACCACGCGCAUGGUGCUGGACAGCCUGCGCACUGUGGUCAUCUGGGUGGUCAGUCUGGCUCUGGGCUGGGAGCAGUUCCAUGGGUUACAGGUGUUGGGUUUCAUUGUGCUGUUGGUGGGUGCGGCACUGUAUAAUGGGCUUCAUCGCCCCGUGCUAGCAAGGAUUCUGUGCUGGGCCAGUGUGGAGGAGGAAGAAGUCAACCCAGUGGAGAGGACGAGAUUGCUGGACGAGGGAAGGGUGCAGGAAGAGGGCUAACUGACCUAAUAUGAUGACCUCGCAACAUGCUGAAAGUGUGUGUGUAUGACAUGUAGAUAACAUAACCCUGUCGUACUCCACACCAUGCGUGUGUGACAUAGACAACACAUUUCUCAGAUAACUACAUGACAAUAUCUUUAAAACUUUUAACGCCUGGUUGUAAAUUCCAGGUGACAUAUAUUGAUAGGAUCUUAGACUAACCCUCCUCAAGGCUUGUUGCAGCAUCGGUUAAAUGUGUCAAUGGUGGCAGGCAUCUUAUACAUCCCCAAAAGGUUAACCAUAACAUUGUUUGAUAGAGGGUGCUACUGUGGUCAUUGAUACAGUGGCUUGCAAAAGUAUUCAUCCCACUUGGCAUUUUUCCUAUUUUGUUGCCUUACAUCCUGAAAUUAAAAUAGAUUUUUUGGGGGUUUGUAUCAUUUGAAUUACACAACAUGUCUAACCCUUUGAAGAUGCAAAAUAUUUUUUGUGAAAUAAACAAGACAAACAGAACUUGAGCAUACAUAACUAUUCACCCCCGCAAAGUCAAUACUUUGUAGAGCCACCUUUAGCAGCAAGUCGUUUGGGGUAUGUCUCUAUAAGCUUGGCACAUCUAGCCACUGGGAAUUUUGCCCAUUCUUCAAGGCAAUACUGCUUCAGCUCCUUCAAGUUGGAUGGGUUCCACUGGUGUACAGCAAUCUUUAAGUGAUACCACAGAUUCUCAAUUGGAUUGAGGUCUGUGCUAUGACUAGGCCAUUCCAAGACAUUUAAAUGUUUCCCCUUAACCAGUCAAGUGUUGCUUUAGCAGUAUGCUUAGGGUCAUUGUCCUGCUGGAAGGUGAACCUCCGUCCCAGUCUCAAAUCUUUGGAAGACUGAAACUUUUUUUUUCUCUAAGCAAUGGUAUUUUUUCUGGACACUCUUCUGUAAAGCCCAGCUCUGUGGAGUGUACGGCUUAACAUUUCUAGGGCAGGCAUUCAGCUAGCGGAACCCCUCGACAACAUUCCGCUGAAAAGGCAGUGCGCAAAAUUCAAAAAAUAUUUUUUAGAAAUAUGUAACUUUCAUACAUUAACAAGUCCAAAUACAGCAAAUGAAAGAAACUUCUUGUUAAUCUACCCGUCGUGUCCGAUUUCAAAAAUGCUUUACAGCGUAAGCACAACAUAUGAUUGUUAGAUCACCGCCAAGUCAAAAAGACACAGCCAUUUUUCUAGCCUGGAGUCACAAAAAGCAGAAAUAUAGAUCAAAUGAAUCACUAACCUUUGAUGAUCUUCAUCAGAUGACACUCAUCGGACAUUAUGUUACACAAUACAUGCAUGUUUGGUUCGAUAAUGUGCAUAUUUAUAUCCAAAAAUCUCAGUUUACAUUCGCACGUUACGUGCAGUAAUGUUUUGAUUCCAAAACAUCUGGUGAUUUUGCAGAAAUACUCAAACAUUGAUAAAAGAUACAAUUGUUAUUCACAGAAUUAAAGAGACUUCUUCUUAAUGCAACCGCUGUGUCAGAUUUCAAAAAAACUUUACAGAAAAAAGCAUAAUCUGAGAAUGGCGCUCAGAGCCCAAUCCAGCCAGAGAAAUAUCUGUCAUUUUGGAGUCAACAGAAGUCAGAAAUAACACCAUAAAUAUUCACUUACCUUUGAUCUUCAUCAGAAGGCACUCCCAGGAAUCUCAGUUCGACAAAUUACUGAUUUGUUCCAAAAAGUCCAUCAUUUAUGUCCAAAUAGCCACUUGUUGUUAGCGUGUUCAGCCCAGUAAUCCAUCUUCAUGAGGCGCAAGCACUUUGUCCAGACAAACUCGAAAAGUUCCGUUACAGGUCGUAGAAACGAGUCAAACAAUGUAUGGAAUCAAUCUUUAGGAUGUUUUUAACAUAAAAUAUCAAUAAGCUUCCAACCUGAGAAUUCCUAUGUCUGAAAAAAGGCACUGGAAUGAGAGGUAACUCUGUCAGGAGCAUGCAUCACGAGCCUGAGACACUCUGCCAGACCACUGACUCAAACAGGUCUCAUGAGCCACUCCUUUAUAGUAGAAUCCUCAAACCAGUUUCUAAAGACAUUUGACAUCUAGUGGAAACCGGAAGUGCAACAACCAAUAUCCAACUGUAUCUUCAAUAGGGGCUGAGUUGAAAAACUACAAACCUCAGAUCCUACUUCAUGGUUGGAUUUUUCUCAGGUUUUUGCCUGCCAAAUGAGCUCUCUUAUACUCUCAGACAUCAUUCAAACAGUUUUAGAAACCUCUUCAAUCUCUUUUUCAAGUUAUCCGCUGUGGAGCUUUGCAGCUCCUUCAGGGUUAUCUUUGGUCUCUUUGUUGCCUCUCUGAUUAAUGCCCUCCUUGCCUGGUCCGUGAGUUUUGGUGGGCGGCCCUCUCUUGGCAGGUUUGUUGUGGUGCCAUAUUCUUUUCAUUUUUAAUAAUAGAUUUAAUGGUGCUCCGUGGGAUGAUUAAAGUUUCAGAUAUUUUUUUAUAACCCAACCCUGAUCUGUACUUUCCACAACUUUGUCCCUGACCUGUUUGGAGAGCUCCUUGGUCUUCAUGGUGCCGCUUGCUUGUUGGUGCCGCUUGCUUAGUGGUGUUGCAGACUCUGCGGCCUUUCAGAACAGGUGUGUAUAUAUAUAUACUGAGAUCAUGUGACACUUAAAUAAAGUCCACCUGUGUGCAAUCUAACUAAUAAUGUGACUUCUGAAGGUAAUUGGUUGCACCAGAUCUUAUUUAGGGGCUGCAUAGCAAAGGGGAGAAUACAUAUACAUGCACCACUUUUGUUUUAUAUAUAUAUAUUUUUUUUUUCACUUUACUAAUUUGAAAUAUUUUGUUACAUGAAAUCCAAAUAAAAAUCAAUUUAAAUUGCAGGUUGUAAUGCAACAAAAUAGGGAAAACGCCAAGGGGGAUGAAUACGUUUGCAAGGCACUGUAUAUAUGGGUUUACUAUGGUUUCUUAGACUUAACUAAUAUUGGAUUCUGGGAUAUGGUAAUACACUCGUUUUGAGUUGAUUUAAUUUCAAUGUUUUGGGAUUGGCCAUUGUCAUUUGGUUUGGUGGCUCUCACCGCUGUUUUUCAAUUGGGAAAAUGGGCUUGUGUUCAGCCCUGGCAUUUGUACUACCUCUUAUUUCUGAUUUCCCCUGGUGUGAAAUCAUGGACAUGUAGUAACUUGGACAAUAUAUUGCAUAUGGCACCAGUGGGCUGUUGGUUCCAUGUUUUUUCAAAUGUUUUUCAUUGUUGCAAUGUACAUUUUACUAAUGUGUCACUAGUGACAUAACAUAAAUACUAUGUCAGCCAUUGGACUUUUAGUACAUUUUUAGGGCUUUAAAUUAAAAACCACAAAUUAAAAGUUAGCUGAAAUGUUCCCCACUGAACACUUGUUGCAUAAUGACUGAUAUUGUGUGAGUGUCACUACCAUAAGUGUGCUUUGGGAUCUGUGAUUUCAAUAUUUCCUGCAUGAUUUUACCUGUGAGGUUUUUCCCUGUUUUAUUAUCAAACAAUUGCAAUUGUUCUGGAUAUAUUCAUUGACUGACACAUUAUCACAUGUAAAAAAAGAAAAUGGUUAUAAAGUCUAUUACUAGCCCAUGCUUCUUGGUACAUAGUUUUCUAUCAAUGGAUAGCGUGGGUGAAUAUUGCUGGUGCUACCCCUAAGGAUAAGCCAUAGAUUAAGUAGGUUAGUUUAACAGCCUACCAAGCUUUCAGUAAGUGAAUGGAAACUGUUCUCACGACCAAGAUUCCUAUGUAGGUUUUUGUAAGACUUAUGUUGCACUUUUUAAUUAGGACGUACAUUUGCUUGGGAUUUUAAAGUGCCAUGUGAACAAUGUUGACUGGAUGUAUUGAACUUGGCUCCGGUUAAAUGUUUUUUUAAAUAAAUAAUAAUUCAAUAAAAAUGUGGAAAUGUUA